UUCAGUCUUCAAAACUCCCAGACAACUUGGAAAUAAAACUGAAAAGGAACACUUUUCUUUCUAUUUUCGUGAAAGAGUAAAGCGAAUUGCAUCUUCUGUGCUCCUACGCAAGAGAAAUAGUGUACGCAGACGUGAAGAGUUUGCUUUUUUCGAUUUGCCUUAAAGAAGGUGUGCUUUGAAGAAAACAGAUCGGUUAAGGGACUUUUGCAAACUUUUGACAGCUUUGUUUGCUGGGGCAAAUAAAGUUUGCAGUUUUUAUGAUAUUGAAAGCUUUUUCGCAUAUUUACUUUAAGAACUGAGGGUCUCGUAUAGUAAUAACUGGCUUUAGGUCUUGUUAUUUUUUCGGUCUCCUACUUUAUUUCAUAGGUAGCGUUUAUUUUUCAAUUUUUCGUAUGAAUCUACUCGACCCCUUCAUGAAAAUGACAGACGAACAAGAGAAGUGUCUUUCUGAUGCCCCGAGUCCGAGCAUGUCAGAGGAUUCUGCAGGGUCCCCGUGCCCGUCUGGAUCUGGGUCCGAUACCGAGAACACCAGACCCUCAGAGAACAACGGGCAGAUCACUGAAUUCAAGAAGGACAGCGAGGACGACAAAUUCCCCGUGUGCAUCCGAGAGGCGGUCUCCCAGGUGCUGAAGGGCUACGACUGGACCCUGGUCCCCAUGCCAGUCAGGGUGAACGGCUCCAGCAAAAACAAACCUCACGUCAAGAGACCCAUGAAUGCCUUCAUGGUGUGGGCACAGGCUGCCAGGAGAAAGUUGGCUGACCAGUACCCUCACCUUCACAACGCCGAACUCAGCAAAACACUGGGCAAACUCUGGAGAUUGCUUAACGAAGGAGAAAAGCGUCCUUUUGUGGAAGAGGCCGAGCGACUGAGGGUUCAGCACAAAAAAGAUCACCCAGAUUACAAAUACCAGCCGAGACGAAGAAAGUCUGUGAAGAACGGGCAGAAUGAGCCCGAAGACGGAACAGAGCAGACUCACAUCUCCCCGAAUGCAAUCUUCAAAGCGCUGCAGCAGGCUGACUCCCCCGCGUCCAGCAUGAGUGAGGUGCACUCUCCUGGAGAGCACUCAGGCCAGUCCCAGGGCCCCCCCACUCCUCCUACCACUCCAAAAACAGAUGUGCAGCCUGGCAAAGCCGACCUGAAGCGCGAAGGUCGCCCCCUUCAGGAAGGAACUGGAAGACAGCCGCACAUUGACUUCAGAGAUGUUGACAUCGGAGAGCUGAGCAGCGAUGUCAUUUCCAACAUUGAGACCUUCGAUGUCAAUGAAUUUGACCAGUACUUGCCACCCAACGGCCACCCUGGGGUGCCAGUCACCAACCCCCCUCACGGGCAGAGCGGGCAGGUGACGUACACAGGCAGCUAUGGCAUCAGCAGCACCUCAGUCACCCAGGCCGCGGGUGCCAGCGGACACAGCUGGAUAUCCAAGCAGCAGCAGCACUCCCUGACCAACCUGAGCGGCGAGCAGGGGCAGGGCCAGCAGAGAGCCACACACAUCAAGACCGAACAGCUCAGCCCGAGCCACUACAGCGAGCAGCAGAGUUCUCCACAGCACAUUAGCUACGGCUCCUUCAACCUCCAGCACUACAGCUCAUCCUACCCCACCAUCACACGUGCCCAGUAUGACUAUCCAGACCACCAGAGUGCCAAUUCCUACUACAGCCACGCUACCGGCCAGGGCUCCAGCCUGUACUCCACCUUCACCUACAUGAGUCCGAGUCAGAGACCCAUGUACACCCCCAUCGCUGACACUACAGGGGUACCCUCCAUCCCCCAGAACCACAGUCCUCAGCACUGGGAACAGCAGCCUGUCUACACACAGCUAACCAGGCCCUGAGUGACAUGCCCACACAGAGCAUUGACUUUUUCUGAAGGCCUCUUUGCUGACAAACUGCUACAGGCAGCGGCGGCUGUGCCACCAUUCCAUGUCUAAGAAUGAACAAAUCCAUCAGGUCUGCCACACAAAAAAAAUGCUGGACUUGACUAGUGGAAAAAAAGACUUGGAAUGGUUCACUCAGUGCCUUUUUUACACUUGGAGUUUGAUUAUUUUUUUAGCCAUAAUUAAAAAAGUGUGAAAAAAUCCUCUAUGAGGACAUUAAUUAUAAAUAUUUUUAGUAUGUACUGUGUAUGUUUCAUUACUUUUUUGCAGUUUAUUAUUUUGGGGGAUUUAUACGUAUUUGUAGAUGAAAGAAAAGCUCUUAUUUUUUGCUCAAAAUCAGCUAUAAACCACUUUUAGUAGUGCAGUCUUCAAUGGCCUUAUGUCUCUUUGACAAACCUAUUUUUGUACAGAAAACAAAAUGUUCCAUCUUUUCUUUGUCUUUCUGACUAUGCCUUGCAAUAAUGUAUUGUGCUUUUGUAACUUUGUUUUUGCAGCUCCUUUUUAAAAGAAACAAGACUAAAAACUUAAAAAAGGAGAAGAGGUGGUGUGAAAAAAUGGGUCCCAGCCCAUUGGUCACCUGACAGUCAUAAAAGAAAAGAGAUUACCUGAUAUUUUUUUUGCUUUCCUAAGCAAAUGAAAGAUUCAAAGGUUACAAAUGCUAGGCAGAUUUGCAUCCAUAGGCCUUAAUGUCAUUACUUUAGAAUGGAUGUAGUCAGCUGUGAGCUUUUUUUGUUGUUGUUUAAUUGAAGAUACUGCCUUUGUACCAUCAGUGCCUAUGGAGCUAGAUUCAGUUUCAAACUACCACCGUAGUACCGUAGUACCAGCGUACCAGCACACUGUAAUAGAAGCCACAGCUGGGAUGCUACUUUCUAUUUGUUACCCUGUGCUAAGCAAGUAUGGGAAAUGGCCUUUAACACUAGAAUCUCCAGCAGGUCAUAACCAAGUUAGUGUAGUAUUUCAGCGCCAACACACACCCCCUUAUUCCAACCCUUCCAUUCUUAAUUUAUUUAUUAGCAUUAAUUUUAUUUUAAAGUAAUUAUUUGCAUUUUAUUCUUUAAUACAGCUGUAUACAACUAAUUAAAAUUAAAAGAAUUACCCUCUGUAUAUAUAUAAAAUAUACAAACAGGUUCUCAGUGGAAGGGUAUGCUUGUUUUAAUAUGGUACAAAUUGUAACCAUCUUGUUUAUUUAUCAUUUGUAAAUGUUUCUUUUUAAAAGAUUUUUUGUUAAAUCUUGUAUCUAGUUGUGUACAGAUGAGUUUUAAUUGUGAUAAAACUUGAUUUAAUUUUUUUAAAAGAAAAAACUGGAAAAGUUUUUUUCAUUCUUACAAACAUGAAAAAAAAGUUUAUUUGAAGCUGUGGCUGCAUUGUGAAGAUUUGUUUCUUUAUAAAAUUACCAGCAUACUUUUUUAUUUUUAAAAAAGGUGUUAUUUCUUAUUCUGUAUUACAUAUCUUAGUACUGACUUUUACAACUUUUAAUGCAACUGAACAAACCUUUUGUUUUCUUUAGAUGAGUUUAACAAGUUAUUGUCUUUAAAGAAGCUUAUCUUUUGUAUUAUAUUGUUUGCAAUAAAAGAGAAAAUG